AGGUAUCUUUUUGUAUUUUUCUGCCAGGGAUGGGCCAGAUUGGGAAGGGCGGUACAAGGGUGGGACUUGGUGUUGGUGUUUUGGAACAUCAAAGAUGGACAGGGUUUUCGCGGAGGUUGCUCCUCAGAUAUCUCCACAAUUACAGGGGAUCUUCCAAAAUGGAGAAGAUUGGUGCAUAUGGCUAGGUCUCUUCACCUUACAAUUUGUAUGGCAAUUUGGCCCGGGGUUGUGGUGUGGUAGGGGAGAACGGGGGAUAAUCCCACACAGGAGUUUCGAACAAUGUCUGGUUCAUGUUUGGCUGGAUAACUCCACCACCACACGGGGUAUGCGGUCGGCGAUGGGGUCAAAAUGCUCGUAUGAACGAGGGCUUUUCGAUGGAUCUAUCGGCGGGUUCUUAUUCGAAUAA